UCCUAAUAACGCCGAUGCGGCACUUGAAAGCGUCAGGUAAAAUAUCCAUAAAAACAUUACCGAAAUGAUUUACAGUGCCGUGUUUUCUCGCUCAAAUGACAUAACUUUAAGUUGAAAGCACCGACAUGGUGUACUGGUUAGUUGUCGCUUAGCAAACAUUAUCUUAUCUCGCAUGUGUUUACAUUCCUUUUGUUCAUUGUUGACCUUGGAGUAAUUUCAACAGACCGACCUACUUAUUUAUUACUUAUUUGAGCCCAGUUGCCAACUUAGUGGAGAAUGUCACUGUGGGUGACACAGGCGGUCAUGAGGCGGUCUCUACGCUCCUGCGUCUAUUCGGUCAAACACUGCAGCUCUAUCGUGACAGUUUCAGACAUGAAGUCAUGUUCCUCCAAGCAACAGUUGGUUCACAUUGAUGGCACAAGGCAAAUCCACCCGUGGCGGGUUACCACUUUCAUCGGUUUAGUGAGGUUCCACUCGCGGGAUUCCAGUUUGGGACCAGAGAAAGCUGAGCUAGUAUCUACUCCAGUGGCGGGGUCCUUAGUUCUGGAAGAGGUCCAGUCCCCCUCAGGCCAGAGACAGAGGAGAUCCCCUUUCUUUGAGCACCUGCAGCACUGUGGCUCCCCAUCAGAUGUGCUUAACCUCAGGCAACAAUAUAAACCCUCACCUCGACAAAUUAGCAACUGCCUUACACACAUGUGGGCCAGCAUCAAGAAGAUGUCUGAUGAGCAGCGGCGCUGUGAGCUCCAGCUGAUGUUCGAGCAUCCCGCAUUUGACCAGCUCCUGCAAGAUGCCAUGGCCGCUGUGGGCUCCAUGCGAAAUGAAGACUUGGCUUACUGUCUCCUGGCUAUGGUGAAUCUGGGUGUGCCCCAACGAAGCCGUGUGGUCCAACUGUACCUCCGUGCCUGCCAGGAGAUGUUGAAUGACUUUGAUGAGAAGAGUCUGUCCAUUUUGGCCUCCUGUCUGGAACAGAUGGUGAACACGCCCAUUGUUGAUGCACUGAAACAAGGCUUGAGGUUGGUAGUUGAGGCGUCUCUUCCCAGGAUAAAGAAUGUUUUGGCGCUCCAGACCGUGAUGCGUCUCUUGGGUAAAGAUAUGUCGCUUGACGUCAAACGGAAACUUGAGCGAAAAGCCUUAUCAAUGACAGAGCAGUUCACCCUUCCCAACACACAGUACUUGAUCUCCACCAUGGCUAAGAUGGGCUUCUAUUCCAAAUCACUGCUGGAUAUCUGCAGUCAGAGAAUUACAGAAAACCUCCAUGGAAUCCCAUUUAACAGACUGCUAACACUGUUGCUGUCGUUUCGGGAGCUGCACUACAAAGACUUUGCCCUGCUUACUGGCAUCUCGGACUACAUUGCCUCCACAUUAGACACAUGGACUCAAAAGGAGGUAGUCCUCUUCCUGUCCGUCUUUGAGAGCCUUGCCUUUUGUCCUGCAGCAUUGAUGGCGAUGUUUUCCGAAAAAAUCAUCGCCAAUCCAGGCGCUUUGUCGCUUCAAGACCUUCUCUGUGUCCUCAAAGUGUACUCGUCCCUCAACUCUUGCCUGCAGCAUGACAGAGAGCGGUUUCUGCAGAGUCUCAGCCAGGCUCUGGAUUUCUACCUGCCCAGGAUGUCUGGUUACGAAGUGUUAAAGGCUUGUUAUUGUCUCUGCCUUCUUGGUCACUUCCCAUCCAUGCCACUGGAGAAACUCCUACAGGGUACCACCCUGGAGAUGCUGAGUAGCAGAGCAGUGAAGUAUCUCAGGAAACAGGAGCAAAUGUUUCAGACGGUGCACCUGUGCCUCCAUCUUGACCAGCCUGUUCUCCCUCGACCAUUGAGUGUCCCUGCACCUAUGCUGGGAGAAGUGAGAUGCGGUGGUCCACCUGCCAAUCAGCGGCUCUCGCAACUCCUACAAAGGGUGUUGUCCGACCAAGCAAAUGUAGUGCUACAGGAAAUGGUGGUGGUGGAGAACUUAUACUUCAUAGAUGGCGUGAUAAGCAAACCCGUGGCAAAACAAGCCUCAAGUGAAGAAACACAAGCACAAAGGCUGGCAGUUCUUUGUCUGGCUCCCUCUGCUUUCUGCUUUGGUACAUCUCAACCGCGAGGUCCACUGGCUGUUAAGCUUCGCCAUCUAAAGAUUUUAGGAUAUAAUCCAAUUAUGAUAACAGAACAUGAUUUGAAGUCUGAAGAGAAGGCAGCACAACUCCUCACAGCACAAAUCUUUCCGGAAAGGCCAGCCCCAAGCAUGACGAUCAGCAUCUAAUGAUCUGUGCCGUUAUCACAAAGGUUGAUGAUCAGAUGAUCUGCGAAUAUGCUACCAUGUGUAGAUUAUCCUGUUGUUGUAAAUUUUGUAUUACUUAUUCAAACCAUCAAAUGUACCCAAAGCUGAGAUAUUUAGUAACACUCAAUUAAAAUUUUAUGAGACUGUUA